CACUGCUGAUGGAUGAGUUGGUGCAUGACUUGGCCUCGGCCUUAGAGCAGACUUCAGAGCAAAACAAGCUGGAUGAGCUAUGGGAAGAGAUGGCCCUAAGCCCACGGCAGCAGCGGCGGCAGCUUCGCAAGAGACGGGGCCGUAAGCGGCGCUCGGACUUCACGCACCAGGCAGAGCACGCCUGCUGCUACAGCGAGGCCUCCGAGUCGAGCCUGGAUGAAGCAAUGAAGGAUUGCCGGGAGGUCCUGGCGGCCAAUUUCAGUGACUCUGAUGACAUGGCGGUGGUCAGACGGCACCCAGCACUCAGUGCUGCCCUGAGGAGCAAGCAGCAUUCGUGGCACGAGUCGGACUCCUUCACAGAGAAUGCGCCGUGCCGACCUCUGCGGCGCCGUCGGAAGGUCAAGCGUGUCACCUCCGAAGUGGCUGCCAGUCUCCAGCAAAAGCUUAGGGUGUCCGAGUGGAGCUAUGAGAGGGGCUGCAGGUUCAAGUCAGCCAAGAAACAGCGUCUUUCACGCUGGAAGGAAAAUGCCCCUUGGACAACAUCCAGUCACGGCCUUUGUGAAUCAGGAGAGAACAGGUCCUUCCUCAGCAAAGUGGGAAGGAAAGAGCGGAUGGAGUGUGAAGCUGAUGAACAGAAACAAGGCUCGGAUGAAAACAUGUCUGAAUGUGAAACCAGCAGUGUAUGCAGCAGCAGCGAUGCUGGCCUUUUUACCAAUGAUGAGGGCCGCCAAGGAGAUGAUGAGCAGAGUGAUUGGUUUUAUGAAGGAGAAUGUGUCCCAGGAUUCACUGUCCCCAACUUUCUCCCCAAGUGGGGAGCUGACCACCGAUCUGACGUGGAGCGGCUUGACUCGGGCCUGGACAAGCUCUCAGACUCCACGUUUCUUUUGCCCUCACGGCCAGCUCAGAGAGGGUUUCAUGCUCGUCUCAAUCGCCUGCCAGGAGCUGCUGCCCGUUGUCUCCGGAAAGGUCGCAGGAGACUUGUUGGCAAGGAGACCUCCGUGAGCACACUGGGCACCGAGAGGUUAGGUCAUAUUGUUAGUGACCCUCGCCAGAAAGAAAAGAACAAAGUGCCAGCCUCUGAUUUCCCCCACACUGUGGCCUGUGCACGUGAGUUCAAUCCAUUAUCUCCUCUGUACUCUCUGGAUAUGCUUGCUGAUGCUUCCCACCGAAGAUGCUCACCAGCACACUGCACUGCCAGACAAGCAAAUGUACACCUGGGACCACCGUGCUCAAGGGAUAUCAAGAGGAAACGAAAGCCAGCUGCAGCCUCCAUUUCCAGCCCAACUUCAGCAGCAUUGUCUGUCCACAUGGAUGCUGCAGACUCAGACCUACCAGCAACACUAUUUCCAAGAUCUCAGAGCUCUGAAUGGACUGGGAAAACACCAGCAGCUGAAAAAGCCAUUGCUGCUUCCUCCACUGACUUUUUCAAAAUGCCACUAGAGAAGAGUCCUGGGCACAGCUAAAAGGAAGCAUUGCAACUCAUAAAUGCUUACUGGAUUUUGGAAGUGUUGGACUUUAUAUAUCUCCUCCAAAUGUCUUGUUUGGCAGUAACAAUAUCUUCAGUAUUGGACGUGAUGCGUGGCAGCAUCUGGGCUGAUCUGCGUGCCCCACAUGCCUAAAUAAUGUUUGUGAAUGUGUUUAAAGAAAGGUAAUCGGUGGUGUUGGGAAGUCAUUGGCUUUUAAAAACUGUUCUUGCUAUUGCUGUGAGUAUUUUUUAAUGCAUUCAUCU